UUUGCGUCGGGAUCAAUGUCCAAAAAUAUUUGCGAAAGUACGCAAAAAUUGAUGACGCAUACACGCGCUACACACAAAGGUUUCAAAAUGGCAGAACACAUGGAGCAGACAUCAGUAACCACCACCUCGGAGUCUGAAUGCUCUACCAAGCCCAAGGAGACCCCUGGCUCGGUCCCUGUGGAGGAGAUGACCUCAAAGGACUACUACUUCGAUUCCUAUGGACAUUUCGGAAUUCAUGAGGAAAUGUUAAAAGAUGAGGUGAGGACUCUAACCUACAGGAACUCCAUGAUUUACAACAAGCACCUGUUCCGGGGGAAGGUGGUGUUGGACGUCGGAUGUGGAACAGGGAUCCUCUCCAUGUUCGCAGCUAAAGCUGGAGCUGCUAAAGUCAUAGGGAUUGAAUGUUCCAGCAUCAUAGAGUACGGCCAGAAAAUAGUAGCAGAGAAUAAUUACAGCAAUGUCGUGACUCUAGUGAAGGGGAAGGUAGAGGAAGUGGAGCUUCCUGACGGAAUAGACAAGGUGGACAUCAUCAUCAGUGAGUGGAUGGGCUACUGUCUGUUCUACGAGUCCAUGUUACAGACUGUCAUCUACGCACGCGACAAGUGGCUGAAACCUGGUGGUCUGAUUUUCCCAGACCGAGCCACUCUGUAUGUAGCUGCCAUAGAGGACAGACAGUAUAAAGAUGACAAGAUUAACUUCUGGGACAAUGUGUAUGGGUUUGACAUGAGUGCCAUUAGGAAGGUGGCUAUCUCAGAACCACUUGUGGAUGUAGUGGAUCCAAAACAGGUGGUGACUAACUCCUGUCUAGUCAAGGAAGUGGACAUCUACACAGUACAGGAAGCAGACCUGGAGUUCUCGGCUCCGUUCCACCUCCAGUGUCGGAGGAACGACUACGUCCAUGCACUUAUCACAUUCUUCAACAUAGAAUUCACCAAGUGUCACAAAAGGACUGGAUUCUCUACAGCCCCAGAGGCCCCCUAUACCCACUGGAAACAGACUGUGUUUUACUUUGACCAGCUGGACUUGACAGUGAAGAAGGGAGAGGAAAUCCAAGGCUCAGUGAAUGUCAAACCCAACAAAAGCAACAAGCGUGAUCUAGACUUUACCAUUGAAGUCGACUUUAAGGGAGAACUCUCAGAAAUGAAAGAGACCAUGCAAUACAAAAUGCGCUAAUAAGAUGGUGGGGAAUUCCCGUGGUAACCACUCUUGAGCUCCCUCUAAUGAGAGGAAAGGCCCAGAGCCCAGAUUACACAACUUUUUAACAGACUGCCGCCUGUAUAAUGCUGUAGGCGUCAUGUUCUGUGAUUAUUUGUUUGUGAACUAUAAUGUUUUAUCUGAAUCAAAUGAUUCAGUAUGUAUAAUUGAUCAAAGCAAUUUAUAACAAAUUUUAGAAUAACAAUUUAGAAAUGUUCAGUCAGUGCAUGGACCAAACUUUUUUUUUGUGCAUAUGUUAAUCUGUACUGACUGCAUUUUUUUUUUUUAAUCAAAUUUUGCCUCUUGUAUAUUACAUCUUAACAUAAUUUCAUAUUUUGGUCAGUUUAGUUUUGAGUUACAAUGUAGUAAGCAAGUUACAAAGUUAAAUAUAAGCUUAUAAAUUCCGAGACUUAGUCUCCAGAUGGUGCGAGAUAUGGCACGUGGGGAAUGAUCUAGUUAGCCUCUACAGGACCAAAGUCGCUGUAGCCAGAGAAAAACUGUGUACAGGAUUAUUUUCGCCCCCAAAAACGAUAAAAUAGUUAUUCUUGCGACAUCAUUAUUAAGUGCAAGAGAUUUCACCCCAUUUUUAAAUUCACUUGAACAUGAAACAACUUGCAUCAUUAUAUUAUCCCCCUUUUUCAAAUCCCCCAAUGACAAAAAAGGGAGAGAAAAGGAAGUUCUGAUGGGAGGAAGUAAGGCUGUACAGAGUAUCACUGUUGUGAGAUUACCUUUUAUUUGUUACUGUAAUAGGCGUUUCUUUACGUCAUCACUUAACAGGCUUUUGUGGCCCCGGUGCCACACAGAAUAAAUCACUGCUAAAAACAA